AUGAGCUUAGAUGAAGCAACUCUACCACACAAUGCAAAGUUUGAUAUCGCUGGUUCAGGAGGAUCAGCUUUUCGCCGAUUCUCAAAAGAAUCAAAAAUAUCAACGUCGCUUGACUCAUCAAUGAAACCAGCUCAUCGUCAUCAGCAUCAUCGCUCAUAUUCAGACUACACACAUCCAUUUGCCUCAUUGCCAACACCCGCCGGUCUGGUACGCCCCCAGCCACGCCGAGGUGCAGUUAUGCAACAUCGCCGUGCAGUUUCCACCAGUGCUGCCGAUCUUUUCAUGCAAACAUCACACCACAGUCAAAUCCCUUUGUCAUCAUCAUCAUCAUCAUCCACUACCCUUUCUACAGCUGAAGAAUCCGCUGAAAAAUACAAGUGCCUUUAUUGUCAAAAAGGAUUCUCUCGACCUUCAUCACUCCGUAUCCACGUCUAUUCUCACACUGGUGAAAAGCCAUUUGAUUGUCCAGAGCCAGGAUGUGGGAGGCGAUUUAAUGUCCAAAGUAACUUGAGACGACAUCUUCGAAUUCACCGAACAACACAAUCCCGUAAAAAGUUUGAUAGAACAGCCAUUGUUGCUAUUGCUCCUGCCCAUUCCCAUGUUACGUAG